UCAUGGCGUCUCUUUCACCACCUCGCUCACGCUGCGCAUCUCCUCUGUGGGACGAAUGGAGUUCUGACAGCACAGCUUAUGACAUGUCGACUUGGAGCAUCAAUCUCUUCAAAGCUCAUUUCGGAAAAUCAGUUCUUCAGCAACUGUGGGAGGACCGUGAGAAUGCCGACUUUGAAAUCCACUGCGCAGAUCAGAAAACAAAAGUACACAAAGCAAUCCUUCGUGCUCACUCCGAGGUGCUCGCUAAAAUGUGUGAUAAUCGCUCCUUCAAGGCCAAUCCCUACGAAGGCAAUCUUGACAAUCUUGGUGAUGGAGACGAUCCCGAGAUCGUCAGAGAGAUGGUUCAUUACUUCUAUCAUCUUGAGCUGUCANCAAAAGCCAGGGCAAUCUCACCCAGACCUCUCGAGAUUGCUCAUGUCGAACUUUCUCUGGUUUAUCUCGCCAGAUUGUACGUGCUGGCCGAGAAGUACUUCAUCGAAGGGUUAAAGGCGACAAUCAUGACCGACUUCCGCGACAGUCUGACACGCAGUUUAUUCCACCCAGAGCUCGUCGAGGCUUGUCUGAUCAUCUACAAGAAGACUGUGGAGCCAGCUGGCGAGAUUGGCUUGAAGACGAUUGUGGCAAAGGCUUUGGCAUAUGAGUUGGGAGAGGUUAUGAGAUCUAAGAUGCACGACAAGCUAUUCCAAGAGAUCCCCGAGCUGGCCCUUCGCGUGCUCAAAGAGGUCUCCAAACUGCCCAACUCCUGCGACUCCCGUCGUUCAUGUAGUUCCAUAGGGGGUCUUUUUGGUCUGUUCGAU